UUGAGCCCAGAUCUAAGCUUGAAGAGCAAGCGAGUACUGGUCCCUCUUUUGGGAAUUAACCUUUUUUUCUAACCCGAUAUACAUAUCCAAAUUUUAUGCUGUGGCGUUCAUUAAUGUGAAAUUAGAGAAUCACGUGCUUGGGAUUUUUCACGAUUUUGAGCACUCUUUACAUUGAAAGUACUGAAGGUGAGCUCUGAGCUGCGUUUGCAGUACUGAAAGCUCCGGAGGUGACAGGACAGAUUCAUCCGAACGUCCGUCCGUGGAGCAAUGAGGAGGAAGGAUUUCUCUUUUGGAGUCUUCUUAUUCAUCUGGAGACUAUCGCUAUUCCUCAGGGGACUUUAACAUUCAUGUUGACAAUAACAUGAAAAAACAUCCAAGGAACUUUCUGCCAUACGAGACAUAUUUGACCUCUCUCAAGAAAUUAAGACUCCAACUCACACUCAAGAUUCUUCCAAAAGCUCAGACAACCUCUAUCUCUAUUAAGAAAAGUGUGGGUCAGUGUAAGGAGGUUGACCAUGCUCCAAGAACACGUCAGGUCCCAAUGUCUCCCUCUGACUUUCUGGACAAACUGAUGGGGAGGACAUCUGGAUACGAUGCUAGAAUAAGACCAAAUUUUAAAGGUCCUCCAGUCAAUGUUUCCUGUAACAUUUUCAUCAACAGCUUUGGUUCCAUUGCUGAAACCACUAUGGACUAUCGUGUGAAUAUCUUUCUUCGUCAGCAGUGGAAUGAUCCCAGGCUUGCCUAUGCAGAAUAUCCAGAUGACUCUUUGGACUUGGAUCCCUCUAUGUUAGACUCCAUUUGGAAGCCAGAUCUGUUCUUCGCCAAUGAGAAGGGUGCACACUUCCACGAGGUUACAACAGACAACAAGUUGCUGCGGAUUUUUAAGAACGGAAAUGUUUUAUACUCUAUAAGGCUAACAUUAACGCUCUCAUGUCCGAUGGAUCUAAAAAACUUCCCCAUGGAUGUUCAGACCUGCAUUAUGCAAUUAGAAAGCUUUGGUUACACCAUGAAUGACCUGAUCUUUGAGUGGCAGGAGAAUGGACCAGUCCAAGUGGCUGAAGGGCUGACACUCCCACAGUUCAUCCUCAAAGAUGAAUCAGAUCUAAGAUACUGUACUAAGCACUACAACACAGGUAAAUUUACUUGUAUUGAAGUGCGGUUCCACUUGGAGCGUCAGAUGGGCUACUACCUGAUACAGAUGUACAUCCCGUCUCUGCUGAUUGUUAUUCUAUCCUGGGUCUCUUUUUGGAUUAACAUGGAUGCAGCCCCGGCCAGAGUGGCGCUUGGCAUCACGACUGUCCUCACAAUGACAACACAGAGCUCAGGCUCCAGAACUUCAUUGCCAAAGGUCUCCUAUGUGAAGGCCAUAGACAUCUGGAUGGCAGUGUGUCUACUGUUUGUCUUCUCUGCACUGUUGGAGUAUGCUGCAGUUAAUUUUGUGUCGAGGCAACAUAAAGAACUGCUACGAUUCAAGCGAAAUCCCAAGAAGAUCAAGGCAUGUGCACAGACAUGUUUGGGGCAGCAGAACAGUGGAGGUGCAAUUGAUGCAGAUGAGCUAGCUGAAUCCCUCCAUCAUGUUAACACUGACAACGGCCUCAAGGCAUCAGACCCUCUCUAUGGAUCUAUGACGAACAUCUACAGCACCAACUACAGGGAACAGGAAGUACAUGAGACCAGACUGACCUCUACAGCUGCUGUAACCCUCACACCCAGCAACAGCAAGGACUCCAGGGCCACCACUAACAAUACCAUCACUGUACGGAACACGCAAGGAGCCUCAGCAAAUACUGCCCUGUGUCCCUUGGGAAUCCCUUCAGGAGGAGGGAAAAGCAUGGAGGAAAUGAGAAAGUUAUUUAUUGACAGAGCAAAAAAGAUUGACACAGUAUCGAGGGCCGGUUUUCCCCUGGCAUUCCUGUUUUUCAAUAUAUUCUACUGGGUUCUUUAUAAAAUACUUCGCCAUGAAGAUUUCCAUUAGCCAUACAGAAAGAGUGUGUUCAUCCACUAUACACACAUAAAUGCAAUUGCACUUGUACUGGAGCUAAUGUGAGGACAUGAUUUCUUCCUUUAAGUCAUAGUCACAUGACCUUAACUCCCUCUUUAAUACGAACAGGAACCCAUGAUGUCCAAAAUUUCAAUUGACAAAACUCCUAACAUUGGCUACAAAUAUAAAAGUACAAGCAUACACAGAUGCAAAAUUAUGUGUGAUGAUUUGGGCUGGUCGAAGGCAAUUCAGCUUGACUCAGACAGCACAGUGUUUUGACUAGGAAACUCUGUUGGGAUGCUGCUUAUAAAAUGUAAUUAUCUAAGAUAUGGGGCUCAUUUUUCACUCUGGGUCUUCAUGGCAGAUUCUAAUUCAAUGCUUAUAUGAUUUUUGGGGGUUAUUCCAUGUUAGACACGCCAUAGCAUUAAUUUGACCUCCACAGGCCUUUUCAUCUUAAGUGAGGUUGUUAAGGCAAUUAAAGUCUGCAUUACUGAACUGGCCGCCAUUGCUUUUCUCAUCUCAUGGCAAAUGCACCUCAGCUCUGCUGUUGAUUCUGGCUGAUGUUUGGGUAGAUGUGUGAGUAAUUGCGAUCCAUUGUAGAUUUGCAAUGGUGUCCGCUUCACAAUGACAUUGUUUAUCCAACAUGUUUACUUAAACUGCAGUCACAUUGACAAGCCUGUUUCAGUUUUAGUAUGUCCGAUUGUGUUUGUGCUUGUGUGUGUGCGUGCAUGCGCUUAUACUGCCAUGACCCAUAUCCAGACUGAGACCAUUGGGGAAAAAAAACACAAGAGGAUUGAGUCACUUGAACCAUUUAAUGGAAAUUUCACCUGUUUUUGUCCAGUUUUUGCAAAUUACAAUUAAAAAGAAAAAUGAAGAGAAAAGAUAAUAAUAACAACUGACACGUUCUUCUGUACAAAUCAGGGCACAGAACUAAUUAUGACUGUGUUUUGUUUUAUUUUCCAUCAGUCUAUCCUAAGUGUAAAAUUGUUUAUUUCAGCAUGGUGGUACUUGAGUCCCUGAAUCCACUAUGCUGAAAUCAACAAACUGCGUUCUUUGAAUGUGUUACUUAUCUGGUACCUUACCUGUUACACAUCACUUAAGAAAUUCUCCAGUGAGAUUGGCCACAUGAUGCAUACCACUUAUGAAAACUUAUCUGUGACUUUAUUAACGUGUAAAGGUAAAAACCUCUUGCCGGCCUUUCAUUUUUUCAGAGUAGCAGUGUUAUGCAAUAUGUAACUCGUCACUGUCAGUAAGACUGAAAUUUACCAAGGCUUGGGUGACAUCCAGCUAAGCUGUACAGUCCUACCAAUAUGUUGGCCACAUUUUUUUCUUAUACACAAAAAUAUUCAUUUCAAUUUACCAAAACCCAUUAUAAAGCACUUGAACAUUGUGACUAUUGGAUUUACAUGCCCAGUCAGCAAAGAAAUGAAAUCAUAUACGUAAACCAUUCAUACAGUUGCUAUAGUGCUUACCUUAAUUAGGGUCGCAUGUGAACUUGAUCCUAUUUCAGCUAACUGUGAACAAGAGGCAGGGACCAGGUAUACCCUGGACUGGUCGGAAGGCACAGAGAAAAACAACCAUACAUGCAUACAUGUCAUAUUCAUUCCUGUGGACAAUUUUGUAUUCAGUGAAUGACCCUGCAAAGUAACUUUUUGUUCGAUUUGUUCGUAAAUGCAUUAAAUAUGUUUGAAGAUGUCUGUGCUGAAAAUGUGCCAAGAUAGAGCAAUUUAGAACUGAAUUGAUGGAAUGCACUGCAGCGUUAAACUCCUUUUCACCAAUUUAAUUGUCUGGAUUUUUUGUGUUGCUAAAACCAAGCCCGAGUAUGCACUUAAGCGUUCUGGCUUGAGUCGGUACUCCCCAACUUUAUACUGUAUAUGCCGUGGCAUGUCAUCAUGCAAUAGAAAUAACCUACAACGACUCGAUGCUAGCCACUAUAACCCGCGGGCAUGCAGGUUAACAGACUGGCAAUGGUGUCCUGCAAUACGUCACUUCCUUUUUUUGAAUGAUGAGUGGGUCGACAUACAGUCAGGUCCAUAGAUACGUCAACAUUCUCACAUUUUUGGUUCUAAACACCACCACCAUCAUCCAUCCAUUAUUUGAGCUGCUUAUCCUCACGAGGGUGUGGCAGUGCCAAUCCCACCUGUCAUCGGGCAUAUGGCAGGGUACAACCUGAACUGGUUUCCAGCCAAUCGCAGGGCAUAUGGAGACAGACAACAGUCACACUCACAAUCACACCUAGGAGCAAUUUAGAGUGUCCAAUUAAUGCAUGUUUUUGGGAUGUGGUAGGAAACCAGAGUGCCUGGAGAAAUCCCAAGCGGGCACGAGGAGAACAUGCAAACAGGCGAUGUCAGGAUUUGAACCCCGGACCUCAAAACUCUAAGGCCGAUGCUCUACAGCUGUUCCACUGUGUCACCCCACCAUCGUCAAUUUAAAAUAAAACGAAGAAGACGUGCUUUAACUUCAGAUGUUCAGCUGUCAUUUGAGGGUAUUUAACUUUACUGCAAAUCAAAUGAACAAUAUUCAUAUUUCAAACAGUUUAGAUACAGUAUGUGCCUCCCACUUUUUAAGGGACCAAAAGUAAUUGGACUAUUGGCUGCUCAGCUAUUCCUUGAUCGGGUGGGCAUGGAUGGCUGCCAGUGGGACUGGUUCUCUAGUAUUUACAGAUGACUGCUUUAAAAAAAAAGAAAGAAAGAAAAAAAACAAUGAAAUUUGAAGUGUUUUGGUCAGUAUUUUCUAUGAACAAUCAGGCAAAGUCUUCAGGACAUAUUGGAUAGCGUUUCACUGUGCAGUUGGACAGUCACAAAAGCACACUGGAAAAACGGCCAAAGCGAUUUUUGAAGCCAAACAAGUCGAAUGUUGUGCAACGGCAAAGUCGGUCACCUUACCUGAGUCCCAUCGAGAAUGCAUUUAACUUGCUGAUGACAGAUAUGAAGGGAAAAAGAUCCAAAAAUAAAGCUUAAGACAGUUG